AUGUCAAGUCCCGACGUCCACAUCGUAGCACCGACAGCACCGCACAGCCAUACCAUCAUUCUCCUCCACGGCCGCGGCAGCAACGCCCGCGAAUUCGCCUCCGAGUUCUUCGAAAGCCAGGAUCGUGAAGGGCGCUUUCUGACCGACAUCUUCCCCAGCUUCAAAUGGGUGUUCCCCUGCGCCGGGAUACGGCCCGCCGCCACGGAACAGGAAGACAUGCACCAGUGGUUCGACAUGGCAUCUGUGCGGGACCCGCACCACCGGCCUGAGAUCCAGCUGCAGGGUCUGCGCGAGAGUGUGCCGUCCAUCUGGGACGUUGCGAGCAAAGAGGCGGAGGAGGUCGGUGGGUACGAGAAGGUGUUUCUUGGGGGGAUUAGUCAGGGCUGCGCGGUUGCUGUCGUUGCGUUGCUCGCCGAGGGGAAGCGGUUCGCCGGGUUCGUUGGCAUUUCAAGCUGGCUUCCAUUUCCUCGGGCCGCAUCGAAUGCAGACUUUGGGCGUUGGGUGCAGCAGGAGCUGUGUCUUACUUUGACGGGUGAUCCUCGAGACUCCCAAUUUGGGGCCGCGGUUCAAGUGCCAAUGUUGCUUGAGCAUGCAGAGGAUGAUGAGGUCGUGCCAGUGGGGAAUGGGAGGGAACUCCGUGAUGAACUGAGCAGGUUGGGCAUCAAGGUGGAGUGGCAAGAAUAUGCAGACGGGGGACACUGGGUCAAUGAGCCGAAGGGUAUCGACGACAUGGUGGGUUUCAUACAGAAGCAUAGCAGCUGA